UCCCUGUCCGUGCUGGGCGUUGACGUGCAUCCUCCUCCAAUCAGCUGCCUCCCUGCCUCAGUCGUACGAUGUUCUCGCGUGUUCUGCUCCCGAUGGCUCGUUUUCAUGGUUUUUCAGCUGCAGCAAGCAGCUGGAGCUGCAGCUCGAAGUCUGUCUGAGAAUCUGGACUGCGCUUCUGCAUCGACCCUAUGCGGAGACAUCUCCCCUGUCUGUCGCUGAUGCGUUUGCGGGAGCACCGCGCUGCCACGCACCCCUGCGGUUCUGCAGAAAGAAAGAGGCAGCCAUCCGGCCUCUUUCUCCUUUUAGACGGCGUCACAUGCUGCCAAGAAGCAGUUUGAUGCCUCUCAGGAAAUGUGUUUUUGUGGAUGCAGGAUGAAAAACAACAACAACAUGGAGACUUCUUAAUUUCUUUAUUGUUGUUGACAUAAAUCUAAAGACUCCAGCAUGGGUGAUGAGAGCAACCUCUCUGGUCAGAUCCAGACCGUGGAGAGGAGCGUGCUGUUCCUACACCUGUCCAUGCUCCACGGCCUUCACCUGGAGAUCCUGUCUUUGCAGAAACGAUGCUCAGAGCUCACAAGCGAGUUGAAGCUAAAGCCACCAGGCAGGAGCCAGAUAGAACUGCUGGAGGAGGAGGAGAUCCUGGACGCCCGAUGUUGUGACUUGAAGAACCGGCUGACGGAGAAGGAGUGUGCUUUAGCAGAACUUCGAAAGGAGCUGAGCACCAAAGGAGCUUUAGUCGGAGCUCUGAGAGCAAACCUCAAGGAAAAGGAGCGCCAUUUUCUGGAGGAGCUGAAACACCGCAGCCAUUGUUCGACUGUCCUCAACACAGAGCUGCAGAAGCAGACGGAGGCCGCGGCCUACCUCUCCUUCCAGCUGCACGCUGCCAGGCAGAAACUGCACCAGCAGCGGCUGCAGCAGAGGCAGGGACUCCUCGCCAGAGCCAGCAGCCAGGGGGCGCAGGGGGAGCGCUCCACCUCUCCUGUGCCAGCGUGCUCUCCUCCUGUGGUCAAACCCAAGCGCAAGAGCACCAAGGUGUCUUCCAGAGUGCAGCGAUCUCGGGAGUGCGUCCCCAUCGAGAGAGUCUUGGGCCCCGCGGAGCCCACGGCCAUGCCGGACCCGGCCCUCUUCCUCCACCCCCACAGGCACAGAGCGCGCUCCAGGCUCACCGUGGCACAAAGACAGCCUCUGAUGGGGCUGGAGAGUGAGGAUGAGGGGAAGAGCGGAGGGGAGAGGCUGCUGGAGCCUCACGAUGAAGCAGGCAGGCUGGUGUCCUCAGCAGCUGCGUCCUCCGCUGCUCCGACAAAUGCAGAUUAGUGCUGCUGAGACGGACUGGUUUUAGCUAUUAUGAUAUCUACACUAACCAUAGAUACUUUUUUUAUUAAUGUGUACUUUAACCUCAAGUAACUUGUAAAGGAAGCAUUAGUUUUAGGGAGAUUUGUUUACUCUGCUGUUAAAUGCUGUCUACACUGGGGAGCCUUAUUUCAAAGUAGCCUCUGAUAGAUCUACAACAAACUAGAGUGGUAGCGGACAAUAAAGGUGAACUUCAGCCCCGCUGUGGGACCCAAUCAACUGUGACCUUUCAAGAUCCCCCCUCAUGUGUUUCUAGAUAUUUCAGGCAUUUUACAGAAGACGUUUGUGUGCAAAAUGGGUGGAAAACAGCAGCUUUGUGUGCUAAUGAGCUCAAAUGUGCACUUAAGACCUUGUUUCCCCCAAAAAUCCAGCAAGCAAUCUAUUUAAAAAUAGUACAAAACCAGAAGGUUUAAUGCUGAGCGUGUUUAAUAUUAAUCAGCGUCAGGGAGACUUUUUUUUAUAGAAUUGUUUUGCAAUACUCUGUUAUAGAUUUCUGUUUUUUCUUUGGUGUUUUUCCCCACAAAUGUUUCAGGAGGAAUCUGAUUCUUUAUUAUCCUACUUUUGGACUGUGUGCCGAUACCAAACUAGCUUCUCUUUAGCCUGGACGAUAAGUUAUCCUCUAUAUUUAAAAUAUAUAUAAAUAUAUUUUCUUUUAAUAUACAAACUAAGCAGAGCUGCUCAUCGAUUCAGGCAGUUUCUCAGUCUUCCCUGAUUAUUUUAGUCUUUCAAAUAAAAUGCUUGCAAGUUUUAAAAGAAUAUUAAAUAAUUUUACACUGCAUUCAUGCUUUUUUUUAAGAAAAAGGAAAUUUAAAUGGCAUAAUUUUAGGCACUUCAGAACAGAAAAAGCAUUUAUUUGGGGACUUAAUAUUUUUAAUUUGAUGGAGCUUUUAUUUGACACAAAGGUAUGAAAAGAAAUAAUUUAAAAGCAACACAAAUAUUUUGCUUCAUGUAUUUGUUCAGUGAAUCACUCGUAACAUUAUAUUGUGUUUGGGUCAAAAUUUACUUGUUUUCAAGUGGGUCAAUUAACCUCAACUCUAAUAUAAGGGUAAAUAGAAUACAAUAAUACCAAUAAAUACAGUGGGAUUGAAUGUUUGAGCACCCCAGGUAAAAUGUUAUAUUAUCGUGCAUAAAGACACCAAGGAAAGACGGUAAAAUCUUCUAAAGUGUUUAGAGCCGCUCUCACUGCUCUGUUCAGGUCUGUCAGUAGAUUUUCAAUGAUGUUGAGGUCACGUGAUUCAAUCCGUUUUCGCCUCUUAAUGUAAGACAGCGGUCUUAAACCCCUGGAGCUGUGUUUAGGAUCUUAUCCAUUUCUCACAGAUUGCAUCACGUUUGAAAUUUUGUGGAAUAAUUUCAACCUUCUACUCGUGAACUGUUUCCUGUGCUGCUGGCUGCAAUACAAGCCCAAAGCAUGAUUGAUCCACCCCCAUGCUUAACAGCUGGAUAGAGGUUAUUUUCAACCAACUCUUUACCCUUUCUUCUCCAAACUUACCUUUGCUCAUUGUAACCAAAAAGCUCCUUUUUUUAUUUUUAUUUAAUAGGGAAAAUACAAAAAAAAUAAAAAUAAAACAUAGAUCAUUACUUUAAAACAAUCUGUGCUUAUGGUUAAUUUGCAACACCUUUCCCUAGAAGAGCUUUUACAGAAAUCAUGGAUGAACAGUGAAAAAGUACCAGCAAUAAAAAUGAUUAAAAGAUGAUGAGACAAAACACUCGUUUACAUGCUUCACGUGAGCACAGGAUAUUUAUGCAAUGUGGGUGCACUGCUGAUGCUCCAUGAGCAAAGAUUUAGUUUGUUUUUUAAAUGUGGAGAGUUGUGUUAAAGAUUUUCUAUUAAUAGGGAGACUGUUUCACAGAUUGGCUCCUUUCACUGACAAAACUAAGCUUUAAAUAGCUGAGGAGGAUAAAAUGUGUACAAUUUAAAAUCUUAUACUUACUCGAAAUGUGACAGUGAACGUCGUCGAUCCACAGAACUUGUUUCCAAAGUGCAUCAGGCUUAUUUGCAAACUUCAAACGUUGAAUUUUGUGGUGAGGAUGAAGAAGAGGUUUUCUUCUGAUGGUUCUUCCAUGAAUUGUCAAGUAUCUGUAGAACAGUAGAACAGUGUGCCAGGUCUUUCUGGUGGGAUCAUGCAGUCAAACAUGGGUUUGAUUUUCUCACAAUUCCACGAGCUGCACUAUCUGAGAUUUGUCUUCCAGAUCUUCCUUUAUCUUCUACUGUUCCUGUUGGCUGAUAUUUCUUAACGACAUUCCGAACAGAGGAUCUAAAAACUAACUCUUUGCUAUCUUCUUAUAGCCUCCACCUGCUUUGAGAGCAUCAACUAUUUUCAGUUUCAGUGUUCCAGACAACUGCUUGGAAGAACCCAAGAUGCUGAUUGUUGGAGCAAGGUCACAUGACUCAGAUUAUUUAAAAUCUAUGACAUUGUCUGGUCUCAGCGUUUCCAAAGGGGGCGGAGCAUACUAUAAAUUCUGUAGGAUGCUUAAACUUUUGCACACACCAUUAUUUUGUUUUCUGUUAUUUUGAGAGAGUAAAUGAUGUAAAUUAAUUGUUUUACAUGUUAAAAGAACGUCUCAUCUAUAAUCUGAUUUUUUCAUCUUUCCUUGGCUUCUUUAUGCACAAUAAUUUUACCUGGGGUGCCCAAACGUUUGAUCCCCACUGUAAUUAGCUGUAAAUAAAAAAUCAGAACUACUUUUGCACCACAGUGCCUGUGUCAGGUGGAGACGUUGGAUAAGAGUGGCAGUGGUGGAGCUGAAAACAACACAUAUAUGUGUGUAUAAAUAUACAUACAUUUAUAAAGGUGUUGUGCACUUUUACUAAUUUCUGCUGGGGUACUCUUUCUUUGCAGUGACAGCUUUCCAAAUUCAGGUCAAUAUCAAUUCUGACUUGUUGCACCAUGUAAUUCACUCAGGUGUGGUUUGUGUAUCGAACACACAGACAAGAAGAGCUUCUUCACCAGGUGUUGAGCUGUUCUUUUCACCUCAGGAAAACAAAAAAACUAGGCGACUGUGAGUCUCUGUUGUGUCUCUGAAUGAAAGGAGCACAAAGAGAUGUAAGGUGGGGUGCAAAUUUUCACAGAACUAAAACACACAAAAGCAGUGUUUGUAUUGUCAAGAGGGAAAAGUGAGAAUAAAGACUGAGAUUGUGUGAAAAAAUGUGCAGACGGUGCCCCCUAGUGUUAAAGAAAUACAAGAAAACUAAAAAAUAUAUAUAUCUAAAUGUAUAAAAUGCUGUAUGUGCAAUAGCUGGCAUCAAUAACCUCCAUCAGCAGCUGACCAUUCAGUAUGUAGUUACUGCCUUAUAAGAUAAACGUAUCUGAAUUCUUUUUAGGAACUUCUUUCACUUAACUACUUAUAAAAAAUGAAUUAUACAUUUACUAAUUAAGAUUUUGGUGUUUUCCUGUUGUGGGUCUUAAAGUGUGUUUCUCUGAGCCUUUUUGGAGAACUUACUUCAACUGUGAGGAGUAAGAAUCGUCUUCUCUGAGCUGCUUAUUUAAGGUUCAACAUUGGGAUUAUGUUGUCAAUACAUCAAUAUUUACUGUGGCUUAAAUCCGUUUUUCUUUCAGUUAUAUACCGAUCUGUUUCAUUGUACAUGCACACAAUGUUUUUUUUUUUCUUUGAAAUGAAUCUAAAAGUUAAAGAUUUAAAGAGCCAUUUAUUAUGGAACAUGUGUUGUUUUUUAGUUAAACUUUUUUGUUUUAAUAAAACAUUGAGGAUUUUCAAUUUUCUUCAACGACUGAACUGCUCUUCCAAGUUUCUAGCAAGAUAGGAUCUGAGACUGUUUACAUAAACCACUGCAGCUUUCACCUUUAUGUUCAUCUUUUUAUUUUUAAGUCGAACUGUUUGUGCUCACUUUUCAGUUUUACAAAAAAAAAAUGUGCUGUCCAAAUUCAAUGAAGUACAUCUCUUAUUUUAGCUGUGUCCAUUCCCUGUUUUGCUUCUGAUUUUUUCUCAUUAUACCCUUUUGUGCUUCCAUAUAUAUCUAUGAGCUAGAGUAUCUAUGGUACUGUAUUGAUCAGGACUGUUUUUCAAAGAUGUCAGCUUUGCCCACUAUUUCAGAUCCUCUUGCUCUGUUCAGCCAGGUCAAGGUCAACAUGUUGAUUUUGUAAGGACCCCUUUCCCCUGAACUCUUUGUGGGCCCAGAAAACAUUGUUUUGAGUGAUUUUGAGCAAUAAUUGAAUGUGGUACCCAGCAUGAAAUACAUAAAUGUUGCUGAGUCACUGUAAGAUGUUUGUCCAUGACUGAGCAGAAGAGAUGAACCUGUGAAAGCAUAAACUGAUCUACUGGAGUAAAACAAAACUGCAACUCUGA